UUUUUCUAUAUAAACCCUCGCACCAUCGAAACCAAACCCGAACCCUAACCCUAAUUUUCAGCUCGUCACAGUAGUAGUUAUGGUGAAGAAGCGAAAGCUCGAGCCCAAAAUCGUCGAGCCACCACCACCGCAAGAGGUUGAAGAGGAAGCAGAGGAGAUAGAAGAAGACGAAGAAGUUGAAGAGGAAGAGUACGAAGAGGUCGAAGAGGAAGAGGAGGAAGAAGAGGAGGAGGGUGGUGGCACUCAGAAUGCUGCGAAGAAAUCUGCGUCGACGUCCGCCGUUGACGACGACGACGACGAAGAGCCGAUUCAGAAGAUUUUGGAGCCGUUCAGCAAGGAUCAGUUGAUCAAUUUGCUUCGUGAAGCUGCGGAGAAGCAUGCGGAUGUGGCGGAGAGGUUGAGGAGGGUGGCCGAUGAGGAUCCGGUGCAUAGGAAGAUCUUCGUGCACGGGCUUGGGUGGGACACGAAUGCGGAAACCCUUAUUAGUGUGUUCAAAGACUACGGUGAGAUCGAGGAUUGCAGAGCGGUGUGCGAUAAAUUGUCUGGGAAAUCGAAGGGGUAUGGGUUCAUUCUGUUCAAGACUCGGAGCGGGGCUCGGAAGGCGCUGAAGCAGCCGCAGAAAAAGAUUGGGAACCGAAUGACAGCGUGCCAGCUUGCUUCGAUUGGUCCGGUGCCGUCUCCGGCGGUGGGGCAAGCUGCCAUGUCUGUAUCGGCAGCCCAGUCGGUGUCGGAGUAUACACAGAGGAAGAUAUAUGUGAGCAAUGUGGGAGCGGAGUUGGAUCCGCAGAAGUUGUUGGUGUUCUUUUCGAAGUAUGGAGAGGUUGAGGAGGGGCCGUUAGGGCUAGAUAAGCAGACAGGUAAGCCAAAGGGGUUCUGUCUUUUCGUGUACAAAACGGCGGAGGGUGCAAAGAAGGCAUUGGAUGAGCCGCACAAAAACUUUGAUGGGCAUAUUUUGCAUUGCCAGAAGGCCAUUGAUGGUCCGAAACCGGGUAAACAACAACAGCUACAGCAGCAGCAGCAUCACCAUAACCUGCCGAACACCCACUACACAAAGAGUGAAAUCACUAAUUUUAUGGGGCCUCAAGGGCAUCUCAUGGCCCCAUCGGGGCCACCUGCUAUACCCUAUAAUCAGGGGUCUGCAGCACAAGCUCUCAACCCUGCGCUAGGGCAAGCUUUGACAGCAUUGCUUGCGACUCAGGGUGCUGGGUUGGGCCUGACCAACCUGCUUGGCACGCUGGGUUCAGCUAGUGUUGGGGCGGCAGUGAACCCGAGUGUGGCUGGUGCAGGACAUGGAAUGCAGGGUGGGUAUCCAAACCAGGCUGUGGCUGGUAAUAUUAGCUCAGGAAUGGUUGGAGGUUAUGGGAGUCAGGGGGCCUAUGGGAACCAGCAAAUGGGGCAGGGAAGUUCGAGUGGUAGGUCGCAGCAUGGUGUUGGGCACAUGGGCGGCAUGGCUCCUUACAUGGGUCAUUAGGUGUUUUCCUCAUGCAGCAUGAGCAAUCAUAUUGACUACACUGCACCACUUCUAUUCUUAAUAAUUAAGUUGGCUCUAUCGGAGGGAAUGCUUUUGAAAUACUCAAAAUAAUUCAUGUUGAUUUUCAUUCACUUGGAAAAAAUUUUUACUUUUCAAAAAUCUCUUCUGAAAAAGGCCUGCUUCAUUAUUAAAUAUUGGAUUUGACAUAAAAUUUUUAGUUGAGGCUUACUUAUUGGUCCAAAUGGGGUAACUUUUGUUGGUUAAAUUAUGUGAAGCAGUAUUUGCAAUUGAAUAGUUUUUGUGAACAUUGGCUUUUGACAUUCUUUGAAGGGAGUUUUACAUUUCUAGUAUUAAAAAUCGGAUAGACAGGAAAAUUUUAAAUUGUUUCCAUUUGGACAAUUACACCAGUUAUUUUGGUUAUGAGGUUGUUUUAUAUAUGGUCUAAAUGCUGUUAAAGAACAUAAAGUUUGGGUUCUAUUUGUUAUAGUUUUUUAAGGUAGUUUGGAUUGGCUCAAUGCGUUGCCCAUUCUUUUCAAAUGGUUAUUUUAACUUGAUUGCAUUGGUUGAGGUUUUCAUUGAUCUACUCUCCUAUAUGAUCUAUGUUGUUUUACCGCAAGACCCUCCAAAUGGUUGCAUGUAAGUUGAUGAUCAUCCGCUGAGAACUGGCCGAUUCCCCUGGAAUGGAGGUAAGAAACUGCAUAUUUAACCAACUACAGAUAAUAAAUGAGCUUCUUUAUUUGAAUUGAAAUUCUAAUGUUGUAAAUUUUCUCAGCAGUUGAACUAUAAAUAUAAUCUAAAAGUCUUAUUUUAUUUAACUCUAAAAUUCAGAAAAUCUGCUGAGGUCCUAGCAGCUGAAAAUGGGGCCUUGAAUGGUUUUUCAAUUCUUUUUGGAAACUUCUUGAUAGGCUGGAGAAUUGGUUGCAUUGCUGCCUGGCAUUGGCAAUGCAAAUAAAUGUUAAUACUACUACUAGUAAUAAUAAUAUUAUUAUGAAGGGAAAUUUCUGUAAUCAAUGGUUUUUAACCUUUGGACAAUUUCUGGAAUGUCAGUGUGUGUACUGACAUAAUUUUAAGUUUUGUUAGGAUUAAUAUUUUUAAGUUGAAUAAGAGAACUUUAUAUUUUGCUAAUAAAUAAUUUUCACAACCUGAGGCAUUUUGUUACUGAGUUAGGAAGAAGUCCGAUCUUAUGGGGAAAAUUAUUUAGAAAGAAGCUAUCAUGUGAUGCAAUGUUGCAGCUAAUUGGUAUUGGGAUUGCUUUCCAUAUGGUUAAUGUUUUAGAGGUUUGAAGUUCAUGCCCACUAAGGUUUCUUUCAGUAAGUUGUAACCUUUUGAUCUUUUUAUGUGUACUCUAAUAUUUAUAUAGGCAUAAAUCAAAUGUAAACUGUGACAUAUGACUACACGUAUACAUGUAGGUGUAAACUAGUAAAUUUUAUUGUUGCUUUGUAUUUUUAUGAACGAAUGCUAACUAUUUUUUUUUUUUUCCUUCUUUUUUGGAAGAAGACAUAGCAGCUUUAGAAAGUAGAGUUUUUAACUUUCAAUCUGUGCUAUAUAAACAUAUAUGUACUUGUAAGUAUAAAGUGAGAAUUCUAUA